CGUCGUAUCUGCUAGCUCUCCUCACGCUCUUCACCCACCCGAAUAGAAGCUCACUCAAUGCAAAUAAAAAAUAAUUGCAUUAUCAGCAGCAGUAACCAUUCCCGUUCACGGACAAGAGGCCGACUAGCAACUCUGAGUUAUCAAUAUCCGAAGCGCAUUCGAUUGCCCCAAAUCUGGUAACAUAUCACCGAGACAACAGCCUCUAGUUCUGCAUUGGUAUUGCUUGGCCCAUUCAUUCAAAGUUCCACACUUUCCCAACGCCAGCCCCUUCUGUUGCCUCUUUGUGAGGACAAAGUCAGGUUCUCAAUCUGAUUGUUUAAACAAUCAAUAUGGCAACUGAAUGGUCGCUUGACUUCUGCCUUGCUUGUGACCGGCAGACCUUGGGGGAACCAUAUUGCUCCCAAGCCUGCAGGCUGGCUGAGCUAGAUACCGUCUCGAAGGAGGCGACAGCACCCCAUGCGAUCGUGUGUCCACAACCAACUAGGGUCCCCAGUCAAUCUGGGUGCUCUGUAACCAGAUCUUUCGCAACAAUGGAAACGGUGCCGGCUGGAUCAUCUGGUUUCAAAUACCCCAAAAGGGUGCUAUCACCAUCUUCGUCGCAGACGUCACUCUCAUCUGUCAAGAGCAGUUCAUCACAGUCCGUUGUGGUAGCAAGUCAAUUCAAGAAUGAGUUACGGGAUUAUGCAUGCAGCUUCGACCACGUCCGUGACCUGAAAAGACGUUUCGCAUCUUAGCGCCAUGGGAUUAUAGUCCUCAUAGAGUUCUAUUCCCAAAUCUAUCCUCCAUGAGCACCCUUGUAUCCCAGCAUUAAUAGCUAUUGCGAAAGAAAC